AUGGCUCAGAUUUUUUUUGUUGGCGGUACAGGCCACAUCGGCGGCGCUGUGCUUGAACUACUUCUCAAGCAACAUGCCGACGCCAAAGUGAAGGUCUUGGUGCGGGAUGAGGCAAAGGCAGAGCGUCUGGUCAGCAAGUACCCGCAAGUCAGCUACGUCGUCGGUGACACGGGCAACUUUGAGCUUCUCGAGAAGUGCAGCAAGGAGGCCGACAUCGUCAUCAACACCUCCCCGGACAUCACGCACGACGCGGGCAUCAAGGCGAUCCUCGCGGGCCUGAAGGCGCGCGAAGGACCCAAGGGAUACUACAUCCACACUUCGGGCGCUUCUCUCAUCUGGGACGAGCCCGCCGGCUCCAAGGACGCCAGCUGGUGGGACGACAUCAAGGACAUCAAGGACAUCCUCGCCUUCAAGGGCGAAGCCCACACGCACGCCGUGACUGACAAGAUCGUGCGCGAUGCGGCCUCAGACGUCAACGUGGCCAUCGUCUCGCCGGGCUUCGUUGGCGGCAUGAGCCCUUCCAUUGAGCACCCGACCCCGAUCACCACGCCCGCCAUCUUCCUCACCGCCCGCGCCAUGAAGACGGGCUGGCAAAUCGCAGAGGGAGAGAACACCCACGCCUGGAUCGACGUCUCCGACCUCGCGAGGAUCUUCCUGAUCCUCAUCGGAAAGGCCAUCAACGGCGCGUCCGACUCUGAGCCGUUUGAGCUCUGGGGAACGGAGGCGUACUACUUCGCCACCGGCGAGGACAUCUCGUUCGCCAAGUUCAUGAAGCACCUCGUGCCCGUCCUUAAGAAACACGACGUUAUCGAAACCGAGGAGAUCAAGUCGGUUAGCGUGGUCGAGGCCGCGAGAACCAGCAUGGGUGGAAGCGACUACGACCCCGACGACACGCCGCCGCCGCCUGACACCUGGGCCAUGCACAUUGCCAUCAUGUACGGAAUCAACAUGCGCGUCAGCGCUUCCAGGAUGGAGAAGCUUGGCUGGAAGGCUGAGAAGGGCAGCGUCGUCGACACCUUCCCUGAGGUUGUCACCGAGUUUUUGAAGCGGGAGAAGAAAUAG